AUGCGCACAACUGGUUUUGCAGUCCCAAAUCAGAUUGGCACAGAACACUCCAGCAGCAUGAAGGAAUUCAUCCUCCUGGGCCUCUCAGAGAACCAAGGGGUGCAGAAAAUAUAUUUUGUGGUGUUCCUGCUUUUCUAUAUGUUCACAGUGGCAAGAAAUCUCACCGUUCUCACUGUGACAAGCAGCCGGUGCCUGAACUCCCCCAUGUACUUCUUCCUCUGCCACUUUUCCUUUGUAGAUGUUUGUUACUCCUCUGUUGCAGCUCCCCAAAUGACUUCUGGCUUCCUGGUGGAAAACAACACCAUCUCCUUUGCAGUUUGCAUAGGGCAGCUCUUGGGGCUUCAUUUUUUUGGCUGCACAGAGGUUUUCAUCCUGACAGCCAUGGCCGUGUGCCGGCCCCUGCACUACCCCGCGCUCACGUCCCGCCGCCUCUGCGGCUGCAUGGGGGUCUGCUGGGUGGGGGGAUUCCUGCAUUCCCUCCAGACCCUUCCCACUGCCCUGCUCCCUUUCUGUGGCCCCAAUAAAGUCACCCACUACUUCUGUGAUGCCCGCCCCCUGCCCCUGGCUUGUGCCGAGGGCCUGGCCACGGUGGCCAGCAGUGGGGUCAUAUCCCUGAGCUGCUCCACCCUGGUCACGUCCUGCGUGGUCAUCCUGGUUUCCCUGAGGGGCCAAACACUGGCAAGGUGGCACAAGGGUCUGUCCACGUGUGGGUCCCACAUCACUGCGGUGAUCCUGUGCCUUGGACCCAGCACUUUUGUUUACACCCCAUCCAGUGGCUUGUCCAAGGACAGGAUGUUCUACAUGCUCAUCACACCCAUGCUCAACACCCUCAUCUACCCCCUGCGGGAUGGGGAGGUGAAGGGAGCCAUGAGGAAACUGUGCAGGAGGGAAGGGGGAAGCAGAAAUGGGAAGGGGUGGGGCUGUGGUCAUGUUCCCAAAGGAUCAGAGAAAAUCAAGCAUGUUUUGCUGAAAUUUCUUCUGUGA